AAGGCGUUUUGUGCGUUUAUUCACUAACAUUAGUCAACUUGCUAUUUUCCAAAGCAUCAACGAUGAACUCUUGAUUCACUGAUAUCUGUUGCACGCAGGUGUCCCGUGCAGGUUAUGACUAUACAUCGGAUCUCAUCUGUUCCAUAUGUAGUUUGGCAAAUAGGCUACGUAAUUCUAAUGUUUUAAUUUCAAAACAAACCAACAAUUCUGAACGCGACAUUGUAGAAAUGCCGCGGUUAUUGAACCGUAAUAGGCUACGUGUAGCUAGCUGUGAAUUUAGUUUGCCUAAGUGGAGAGCGAUGCAGUGGUCUCUGCGCAACCCCUUGGCUCGAUACAGUAUUUGUUAUUUUUUUCCCUCCUGUGAAUACGCAGCGUGAUACAAAUAGCCAUAUAGCUACAUAGCUAAGCUAUAUGGUUUUUUUUUAAAUUCCAACAGCAACUUCAUCAGACACAGCGAGGAGUCGGCGCCUGAACAUAAAUAGCAUCCGCUUUUUCAUUUACAAGCUACGCAUCCUCGAGAGUGGCAUAGGAAGAGGAAAAAGCGGAGCACCACACUAGACAUCCGAUAAAGGACCUGCCCGUUCAAAUCACAGGGUUUGGCCUCUCACCAUCAUGACUGCACUGAGACAGAGGAAAGGAAGCAAGGGGAAGGAGAGCAGUCAGGAGGGUCAGAGACACGACCAUCCUGAAGACCUCCCAAAAAUCCCCCCUGCAGGUUUGUGGACGUGGUGGACGGUGGCGUGGGGGACAGCCGGGGGUGUCGUGGGAGUGUCCCUUGGUCUGCUGAGCAGCGUCUAUGUGGCAACCUUGCAUGAAAAUGACUUGUGGUUCUCUAACAUCAAGGAAGUUGAGCGUGAAAUCUCCUUUCGGACAGAGUGCGGCUUGUACUACUCCUACUACAAGCAGAUGCUGGAGUCCCCGUCCAUACAGCAGGGCCUGUCCGAUCUUAUCAGCGACAACGCCACCGAAUCGCGACGGACCGUCAAUCUCCUGCAGCGAAUGAACAUCUACCAGGAAGUGUUUCUGAGCGUUCUGUACAGAAUUCUCCCCAUCCAGGAGUACCUGCAGCCGGUGUACUUCUACAUCUACACUGUGUUCGCCCUGCAAGCCGUGUACGUCAUCGCCCUCUACAUCACCAGCUGGAUGCUCAGCGGCUCCUGGCUGGCAGGAGUGCUGACCGCUACGUGGUACAUCAUCAACAGAGUGGACACCACGCGGGUGGAGUUCACCAUCUCGCUGAGGGAGAACUGGUCUUUGCCCUUCUUCGCCCUGCAAGUCGCCGCCAUCACCUGCUACCUGCGGCCCCGGCUGAGACCUCUACAACAGAAAGUGGUGCUGUGGCUGGUCUUCCUCUCCAGCUUCUGUUUCUGCCUGACGUGGCAGUUCAAUCAGUUCAUCCUGCUGGUCCAGGCGCUCAUCGUCUUCGGGCUGGACUGUCUGGACCUCGUCCCCCCCGAGCAGGUGACGUCGCUCUACCUGGUGCAGGCCUCCAGCCUCCUGUCGGUGUGGGCCUUGCAGUUCUGCAAUCCCAUGAUCCUGGGCUCCCUGGUGCUCAGCUUCAUCGUGGCCGCCCUCUUCGUCAGGCACUUUCAGAGGGGCCUGAGGACGGGAGGGCUGCUGCUGCGCCUCGCCAAACUGCUGCUGCACACUGUGCUGGUCCUCAGCCUGACCUUCACCCUCAACUAUCUGACCAAGACCGCGCUGCAACUGAGAUCGGACGAGCACAUCUUCAAGUUCAUCAAGGCCAAGUUCGGCUUUGGCUCCACGAGAGAUUUCGAUGCCAACCUGUACCUGUGUGAGGAGGCGUUUGGCCUGCUGCCCCUGGACACCUUUGAGCGGCUGGCGGGGACGCUGAUGGUGUACCCCUACCUCUGCACUCUCAGCGUGCUCCUGCUAAUGCUUCUGAUGGUGGGGCUACGGAACCUGAGCGGUUCGAGCGGCGCUCGUUCACAGAGAGAGGAGGAGAUAAUCGGCCUUGGGCCAGACGUAUCUUAUAAUCUGCUGCACACCGUGUGUUUCGGUGUCCUUGCGCUGAGCACCAUGAGAAUGAAAUACCUCUGGACAGGUCACAUGUGCGCCUUCGCGGCCUAUGGCGUAUGCGGUAAGGAGCUGUGGGGCCUCUACCUCAGGGUGAUCCGCUGUCACUCUCAGACAAAGCUAAGGCUGAUCAGAUACACCAUCCCGAUUGUUAUUCUGGCUUUUCUUUAUUACAAGUUCUGGCCCAAACUCAUGGAGGAAGUUUCGGAGCUUCGGGAGUUCUACGACCCAGACACGGUGGAGCUGAUGACCUGGAUCAGCUCCAAGACCUCAAAGAAGGCGGUGUUUGCGGGGAGCAUGCAGCUUCUAGCUGGGAUCAAACUGUGCACUGGAAGAACCCUGACUAACCACCCACAUUACGAGGACCGGGAACUGAGGGAGAGGACCAGACAGGUGUACCAGGUGUACGCCCGGCAGCCCCCCGAGGAGGUGCACAGGAUCCUGCGGGCGGCGGGGGCGGAUUACGUGGUCCUGGAGGACAGCAUCUGCUACGAGAGGAGGCACAGCCGGGGCUGCCGUCUGCGCGACCUGCUGGACGUGGCCAACGGGCAUAUCAUGGACGGCCCGGGGGAGAACGACCCGGACCUGGUCCCCGCCCCCCACCCCCGCUUCUGCGAGGAGAUCAAGAGGGACGCGCCGGAGUUCGGCGCCCUCUUCACCCGCGUCUUCAGGAACAAGACGUUCCACGCGUACAAGCUGAGGAAGGGCAAGAAGAGAGCGAGGGCCGGCGGGAGGGCGGGCGAGCCCGACGCGUAGCGCUCUCCCCGCCGGCAGCCAUCUUCUUCACGCGCUCGGCCUCCGCCCUCACAGAGACCCACGAAUGCUUCUCCACCCUAUUUUUUUAACACCCCACCAUCUCCUGGAGCUGGUGGAAAUAUCCCAGCGGGGGGCUCGCUACCGAUGGUGACGGUGCCACAGCGUCAGGGAAGCAGCGUGACCAUGUUUACAUCCCCCCCCCCCCCCUUUCAGAUUGGUUUUAAAAAAUAAUAAAGAGAGAGAGAGAGAGAGAGAGAGCUCCAGUGUUCAGACAGCAGAGCAUUCUGGGAUUGCGUCUCGGCAGGUCCCCCGCAGCCAAACGCUUCGUCACACAUUUGCCAAACGUGCCAUUUCACCAAGUCUGCUUGUGCCAUGUCUCUUUUACACUCGACAAUGAGCCCCACCCCCCUUUUUGUAAUUGUACACUACAGGUAAAUGUCUGUACGUUAGGUUUUCCAGUUGUUUGUAAUGCAGAAGUGUGUCGUGUCUGAGCUCCCAUGUUCUCCGGGAUGUCAUUUUGUCCCUCCCUCCACACACACCCCCUCCCCCACCCACACACCCCCCCCCACCCCGUGGCUAAUGGAAUGACAACUUUUGCGGCGUCAUUCGGGCUUAUCGUGAAUGACGGCCGUUCUGUCAUCGCAAAUGCCUUCGCUAAUUAAAUGCCUGGCCCUCCCUUGAAAGGGUGACAGUUACGGGUUUUGAAAAACUCUUCAGAAAUGCGCGUAUUAAUGAUUUCAUCUAAAUUAUCGCGACCGUGUUAUUAACCUUGUGAAUCAUUCAUCUGCUUCUUCGUCUAUAUUUGCCAGAACAGUUCUCUUUUCAGCCUUUUUUUUUUUUUUUUUUUUUGCAGUGGCACAAAUUAAUGUCACAAUCCCCCCCCCACCCCCCGUCCCCCGUCCUUCUAAAAUUAUCACACCCCCCUUGUCCUGCUAAAGCCGUCACGUACUGAAAGGCAUUUGACAGUAUCUAAUGGUUUAGGCAGCUCAGGUACACACAAGUAGUUGCUGUAGUUUUAUAGUUUUAUUGAUUUGAUUGGUUAAUUCCCGUGUGUAUUCGGAAUCCUAACUCAUCAAACAAACUGAACACUUUACUUGCGUUAGAAUGACUAAAUAUUUUGAAUUAGUAUUGAACUAACUGGUAGUGACUUGUGUUUUUUUAUGGUUGGCACUGACAGAACAUGACAAUGUGAAAUACCUAACCCAUCAUGUUAUUUUACUCGUCUGACAUACCUUUUAUCUGCUGUGCGUUCGGUUGAAUCUUUUAAACGAGCAACUUGAAAGUAAGUGCCUUUUAAAGUUGUGGUUUUUACCAGGUCUACUGACGGUCUUUUCAGACAGUUGGCGUGUAACAGUGAGAAGUUAUGACGCGAACUGAAUAAAGUUUACAGUUUUGCCACGUUAUUCGUGCAGAAAGACCCUCGUUGUCAACCGUGUGAAACAGUGUAAACCGCCCUUGUAUGGAUGCAGUAUAUCAUUUCAUCUGUAAUUAUUCGAAUGUGCUUCUAGUGUUUCCCUAAAUUCCUCUUGAACAGGAUGGUUGUUGUUAUUGCUAAAAAGAAAAAGGUGACCAGGUCAGUGUACUAGUACAUCUCUGCUUGCUUUUCUAAACAAAAACCCCCCAAACUCAUGGAAUAUUUUCCCAGUUUUAAGUGCAGAAGAAAUAACUCAAAUUUCAGCAACCACUGCUACAAGAGCAUGCACAGCUCUUCUUUACAACGGCCGUAGUUGACCACGUGGUGAUCAUUCAACGCUGACAGAACCUAGUUGGGAAGGUAGCAGAUCUGGGUCAAAUACGUAUUUGUUUUAGAUACUCUAAUACUUUUCUGUGAUUUACUGAUCCUGUCUGGUGUAUUGGAACCAAUUACCUACUCUUAUCAAAAAGUGCAAACCCCGCCUUCUGAUCAUAUUGGCAGGCUCAGUUACACCAGGCAAAAUCAACAGAGCACAGAAAAGUAUUUAAAUCCAAAACAAAUACGUAUUUGACCCAGGUCUGCAAGGCAGUCACAUAUUCAACAUGCUUCCUGUAAAAAAUAAUAAUUCCAACCAAACUUCCUGCCUUGGUUUUAAUUUCUCAUAAAACAAUCCAGGGUGCCUUCAUAUUUGUGAGUUGUUUUCUUUGUCUAGUUUUUUUCCAUUUGCAAAAUGCAUCGCUGUUACCUGCUUGAUAUGACUGGAUAAAUUGCACUAGUUUGAUUUUUAUGAACUGAGUAUUGGUAUUGUUUUCGAGUUCAUUUUUAUUUAUCUGUUGUUCUCAUGUCCUGAACAAAUGUAAGUGCUGUUCCCUGGGUGCUAGAUAUGUUCAGUGGGCUAGCUGUUUUCCUUGGAUUUUUCUUGUUUUCGUAAAAUAAAAGAUUUUUUUUUUUUA